AUGAGCACCGAAUCCAACUUUACUCGCUUCGUUGAGGUCGGCCGCGUCGUCCUCCUCCAGUCCGGCCCCUCUGCUGGCAAGAUUGCCGUCAUUGCAGAGAUCAUUGACCACAACAGGGCGAUCAUCGACGGCCCGACGACCGGUGUCCCCCGCCAGGCGUUCCCCUACCGCCACCUGUCCCUCACGCCGCUGACCGUCAAGAAGCUGCCCCGGGCCGCACGCACCGGGAUUGUGAAGAAGUACCUGGAGAAGCAGGAGAUCACGAGCAAGUGGGAGGCCUCGAGCUGGAACAAGACGCGCGAGCAGGUCGCCGCACGGCGCUCGCUCUCCGACUUUGAGCGCUUCAGCGUCAUGCUCCUCAAGAAGCAGCGCAGGGACCGCGUCCGCAAGUCGGUCAAGGCCGCCGGCAAGGCAUGA